UACACACGUACACUACCGGCUAUCGCCAGCUCCUUCACUGUUGCAUUUUCAUUUUCUCAUACCUCACAAACGAAUUCUUUCUUUUCCCAGUGAUUUUGAUUUCUUCUUCUUCAAUCUGAAAAGGGUCGUUCUCAGAGAAAUUUGAAAAGGGGUGGAAGAGAAAAGGCUGUUUGUUUUGAUUGCUCGUGAGUUGUGAAGUAGAAGAAGAAAAGAAGAUAAAUGAUGGGUUCUUCUUCAAAAGGAAGAUGCAGUAGUUACGAUUACUCUUUCAAGAUUUUGUUGAUUGGGGAUUCUGGUGUUGGAAAAAGCAGUAUUCUCCUUAGCUACAUCUCCAAUUUUGUUCAUGAUCUUUCUCCCACCAUAGGUGUGGAUUUCAAGAUCAAGAUGGUAACAGUUGGUGGAAAAAGAUUGAAGCUGACAAUUUGGGACACAGCUGGACAAGAGAGAUUUGGAACAUUGACAAGCUCUUACUACAGAGGUGCACAUGGAAUCAUUCUAGUGUAUGAUGUUACCCGACGGGAGACGUUUACAAACUUGAUGGAUGUAUGGGCAAAGGAAGUGGAGAUGUAUUUAACAAAUCGUGAGUGCAUAAAGAUUCUAGUUGGAAAUAAAGUCGAUCGGGGUAGUGAAAGAGCGGUAACAACAGAAGAAGGUAUGGAAGUUGCCAAGGAGCAUAAAAGUUUGUUUCUUGAGUGCAGUGCUAGAACUCGAGAAAAUGUCGACAGGUGCUUUAGAGAACUCUCUUCAAAGAUCCUGGAAGUUCCAAGUCUACUGGAAAAUGGAUCUGUUGUUGUGAAACAGAAAAUUUUGGACAACACACGAGCACGCAAAGAAGCAAACGACAGGGGUUGUUGCCACUAACACGACCGUGUAAUGCAUCCUAUGGCACAAAACAAACUUAUAGAAACAGAUUUAGAAGAUCUAAAGAUACUGCUGAUGGAAGUUCUUGAUCAGAACAGAACCCAGAAAAGAUACAAAUGGGCUAUCCAAGGUGAUUACAUGAUCUUUUGCUAUUCCAUUUGGCUGUCACUGUUUCCAUCCUUUUUUUUUUUUUUUCCUAUCUUAGAAAAAGGAAUAAAAAUGCAUUUCAAUAGUAUCUUUGAGAUCAUUGUAUAUGGUUGAAUUUUGUCGAGACAAUGAUUUUGAGUGAAAAAAAUUACUAAAAUCUCUGUAGAUCAUAUGAAUACAGUUUUUUUUUCCAACUUUGCUCUA